AUGACAACUUACCUGGACCAAGAAUUGACCUCCUACAUUGAGGUAAGCGUGAAGACUUACUCCCUACCUCGAUUGGCAUUUUUCCUAUUAGGCGCUGUUGGUUUUACGUCCCAUGGCACAGAAGCGUCGUUGACGUUAGAUACGACCACACUAUACCACCACAAGAGGGAAGUUACGAUGAUUCUAUGUCUAUCGCCUCCUGGAUUAGACGGAACCAUGAAGAAGCUUUACUUCUUCCAGACAUAG